AUGGAGGCAUCGUCGCAGCGGGAGGUGAUCGACUUCCUGUCCACUGCCACGGCGUACCGGGAAAAGUUUCUUGGCCCGCACUGGUCCGAGGAGUCUGCGUGCGUGUGCUCGACAAUCACGGCCGUGAAGCGGCGGCGCAGCAGCGCCAUUGCCGUGUCAAACGCAGACAAGGCCAGCAAGGGGACGCUUGAGGAGGAGCUGCGCCCCAUCAUCGCAGCCCUGACAGACAAGGAUGUCACCCACACCAUGACCCACACAUCGUAUGUGUUCCUUGUCGGCGACAGGCUCGCCUUCAAGCUGGAGCGCGCCGUGAAGUACCCGUUCUUGGACAUGAGCACGCUGCCCAAGCGCCGCAUUGCCGUGCUGAAAGAGCUGUGCCUGAACCGGUCCACGUCCCCCGAGAUCUACCUGGGCGUGGUUGCGGUGUGCAAGAACGAAGGCGGACAGCUCUUCCUCGUCCCGCUGAGGUCGUGCGAGCCGGGCGUGAACACGGUCACCCUCCAGGAGGAGGAGCACCAGCAGGCCGCCGGGCAGCGGGAGCUUGCCAUCGUCGACUUCCUGGUGGAGAUGCUCCAGUUCAAGCAGGAGGACAUCCUGGACGAGGUGGCGAAGCGUGGGGAGCUGACGCACGACAUGAUGGAGCAGGUUGUGGACCAAGCAGUGCUCUUCCAUCGCCACGCACGCGUGCACCACGAAGCGCAGUAUGGCAGCGAUGCCAUGGCGUGGAUCACCAAAGACAACCUGACCGAGAUGUGCGAGUUUGCCAGCGACACGUCGAAGAACGUUGACGCCGACCUUGCCCGCAGCGUGUGCGAACGGUGUGUCAAGGACACAUCCACGCACUCUGCGCUCCUGGCAAAGCGGCUUGAGGAAGGCAAGGUGCGCUUCUGUCACGGCGACCUCCACUUGAAGAACAUGGUGCUUCUCUCGGAUCGCCGCCCACGCCUUUUCGACUGCAUUGAGUUCAACGACGACCUUGCCAUCACCGAUGUGCUGUAUGACAUUGCCUUUCUCUUGAUGGACUUGCUCCACCGCGGCCUCCACUCCCUCGCUAACAUCACCCUCAACAGGUACAUUCAGAAGACACACGACAUUGAAGGGCUGGCGCUGUUGCCACUCUUCCUUGCGACACGCGCCAUCAUCCGCGCCAAGGUUUCUUGUGCACAAAUGUCAUCCGAAUCCACGGAUGAGGCCGCCAUGAAAAAGCUUCAGCACAGGACAAACGCGUACCUGCACCUUGCACAGCAGAUGCUGGGCAUGGAAGAGCCCUCGACCAUGUGUGUGGCGCUUGGCGGCUUCUCCGGCUCGGGAAAAUCCGCGGUUGCUCGUCUUCUCGCCUGCGAUCUCACCGGGCCCAUCGGUGCAGUCGUCCUGAGGUCUGAUGUCGUGCGAAAGCACAUGUGGAAUGUGGAUUUGUUGGACCGGCUGCCUGAUGGCGCAUACACGGAUGAAAACAGGCACAAGUGCUACAAGAAGAUGGCAGAGCUUGCGCAGCAGGUGAUGCAAGCGGGCUUCCCCGUUGUAUUGGAUGCGACAUACACCACAGACGAGCAGCGGCAGUCGCUUGAUGCCCUGUCGACAUGCCAACGUGUGUGGCUGGAUGCUGACCUGGAGACGCGGGCGCAGCGCAUUGCCCGCCGCGAUACCAACAACGCAGAUGCGAGCGACAUGACUGUUGACAAGCUCAAGAAGUAA